UACAGACUUGCAAUCAAAAUAAGCUCCUUAACAGGAGCUUUAAAGCCAAGCAUGACCAUGACAUGUAAUGCCUAUAAAUGAAACAUGCGUAACAUCACAAUAACAGCAUCUACAGAAAAAAACAUCGUUGUCUUGAGCCAUAAAUCGGUUUUUUUGAAGUCUCCGGCCACCCAUUUCAACAUGAAACUCGCCUCGAUUGACGUCACCGAGCCAUCUUUGUCCACCUAAUCCAAGCGGCCGUUUAUUACACCUUCAUUACUGCACGGACUCUGACAGCGCCAGGCUCUAGUUAUAGCCUGUAGGUGCCGCAUCGCCGUAGAAAUAGGAAGAGGGGGGAAAAAAGGUUUUGUAGCGAGGGGACACACAUCUCAGUGGCAGAUACAAGACAGUGCUCCUCCUAGGCUAUAUAGGCAGGGAAACGCCACAAUAACCAUCCAAAGGGUGCCAGAGGGUAGAGAGGAGCGCAGAAGGCAAUCCACAUCCAUCUGCCAGCUACUUAGUGCGCGCUAACAUUUCCAGUCCGGAUUUCAGCACAGCUGUCUAGCCAACACAACCAGGGAAAAUGUCUGCCCCAGCUGGAGCCCCUGCACCAGAGGGAGGGAGUCAGGCCCCUCCCAACCUCACCAGCAACCGUCGUCUGCAGCAGACACAGGCACAGGUGGAUGAGGUGGUGGAUAUCAUGCGUGUAAACGUGGAUAAGGUUCUGGAGCGUGAUCAGAAGCUGUCAGAACUGGACGAUAGGGCUGACGCCCUGCAGGCUGGAGCCUCUCAGUUUGAGACCAGCGCUGCAAAACUGAAGAAUAAAUACUGGUGGAAGAAUGCCAAGAUGAUGAUUAUCCUGGGUGUGAUAUGCGUGAUUGUCCUCAUCGUCAUUAUUGUGUACUUCAGCACCUAAGAAGAGUUGCUCCUACCCCAGUCUGAUCCCAACUUCCUUGCUACAGAAAAAAACCCUCAAAUUGAUGACAAAAUUAAUCACAGAUAAUUAAUUUAUUAUAUAUUUCCCCCGAUUAGCCUCGAUAUAACACCCCUAAACCCUUCAGGGCCCCAUGGCUCCCCCACCUCCACCACCUCGCCUCUGGACCCCUGUCAAUAUUUGUCCUGUGAGUGUGUGGCCCUGUCUCCUUUCUGGGUACUCUUGGCUUUUCUAACCUGCCAUACCGAGAACCAAACACUUGUGACGAUGCAACAACAGAAAAGGAAACAACGAUUGGCGAUAAUUGUUACAUAACUGAUAUAUAUAGUUCUUUGUAGAGUUUUAUUCUGAUAUAUACUGUUUUGUAGGUGUG